CUUCUCCGAUUUCCCGUCUUCUCUCUCCCUUGUCUAAUCCUUUCUUCAUUGUUCUCUUCAUCCCUCUCCCUCUCCCUUCUUUAAUCCCUCUCCAGUGUUCUUGUUCUUAGCAUGCCCACCUGCCAUAUAGACCCAACCGAAGCAAGCCAUGACUGUCAAAAAGGACAGCUUUGACGGAUCUACUCUCCCUGUCUCCAUGGCUGCAUCAUAAAGUUAUAAUGAAACAAUCCCUAACAAGAUCGUAACUGCACCAUCAUAUUCUGACGGAUCUACUGGACAGCUUUGACGGAUCUACUUUCUCUUCAUAGCUAGCCAAUUGACAAAACAAAGAUCGUUUUGAGCAGAACAGACGAGGGAGAUGAAGAUGAUCGACGAAAGAGAAGAAGUGCAACGACGGAGGAGAGGAUCGGCGGACGCUCGGCGGAAAAGAAGAUCGACGGACGAUUGGCGGUAGAGAAGAUCGACGAACGAUCGCGGAAGAGAAGAUCGGUGCACCAUCGGCGGACAAGAAGAUCGGCGGACGAGAAGAUCGGUGGAAGAGACGAUCGACGGACGGUCGGCGGAUGAUCGACGGACGAUCGGCGGACAAUCGGCGAACGAGAAGAUGAUGAAAAUUUCAGCCCGGCCGGUUGCAGCGGGUCGCACGAGUUCAACGAGCGGGACGGGUCUGACGGGUUUCAACGGGUUUCAACGGGCCAUUUGCUUAAACGGGUUGAAGUAUUCGACCGGCCCGUUUUCAGCUCCGGGUCCGGUUGAACUGGUUCAACCGGUCGGGCCGGGUCGGGUCCAAAAACAUUGGUUGUUAACAAUUGAAAAUUCGAUUUUUAGAAAUCCGAUAAAUAUUUCACCUCUCUCAAUGAGGCGCGCGACCAUCGACUUCUUGGCGGAGUUCAAGUCCUCUGGAAUAUUAAAUCUAAAAAAAAUUGAUAUUUUUAACGGAGAAAUUGGUUAUAUCAGAGUUAAUUAAUGGAGGAGUUCAAGUCCUCUGGAAUAUUAAAUCUAAAAAAAAUUG